CAUCAUUGCUACCAGACCCUAACAGCUACACCAAUCCAUCAUUACUAGCAUGGCCGCUGCAAGGCGGCUAAGACUGUAUUCGUCAUAUCCUCUGUUGUUGUAGUCUUCCUCCUUCCCUUGAUGCCCCCAGAUUCAUAUCACAACCCUGCGACGAUCGUCUUUGACUGAAAAAGCUCAGCAUGGCGACAACAGGAUUAUCGACCGCUGUUCCCCACAUGGACGAUGGCGCACCCCUGAAGAGCACGCAAGAUGCUCCACCAAAUACCUCCACAGAUAAGGGUAUGCGAUGUCCUGAUCCCUCGGCGCAUUUACAUCAGUCGCAAAACAAUGCCUUGCAAAACCAGGCAUCGGCUGCGGCCUUGUAUAGCACAAGGCCAGCCAGUGAGAAGCAGAAGAUCAACCCGCUCGGACCGGACGGAAAGCUUUCGUCGGCAAGUGCGGCGGCCAGUUUGAAAUACGCGAAAGCAAAUGAUCUUCCCAGCUUUCCUGUUAUCGGCAUCGACACCUCUUCAUCCGCUGGAACUGCUGCACUACUCGCACACCAAAACAAGAAAAGCCCCGAGUGGUGGAAACCCGAGCAAUCAUCUGCUGCCGGUAAAGCCGCUUUGCUGGCAAACGACUACAAGAUGAAGCCACUGUGGCAACCAGAAGCAAGCGCUGCUGGUUCCAGGGCAGCUCUUCUCGCCCACAGAGAUGGUGGAAAACUGAACUUGUGGCAACCUGAAGCUAGCGCUGAAGGCAAUUCAGCAGCUAACAUUGCUAUGCGCAAGACAGGUCUCGGACCACAGAUUGAUUAUGGAUACACCGAGGACGGGAGGAACAAGGCAUUGAUCGCAGCCACCGGAGCUACCUCAGCAUCCAACCGAAAGCGCGCGCAGUCGAUCCCAUCGUCUGUCUCUCUCUAUCCAGACCAGAAGAACUCUGCCAAGAACGCUCUGAGCGCCGCAACGAUAGCUCAUAGCCCAUCAAUGCGAGCGUCCAAAGUACCGGCAGUCCAGCCUCAGGAUUCCAGUAGACUGGGAAGUGGGGCAAUGGAGGCGGCAAGGAUUCAGCACGCCAAAAGCUCCAGGGAGAUGUACACAAGCGCUCCUCCAGUCUCACUAGAGAUUGAAGAGAAGAAGCGCAACGAUGCCCUCCGAGCUUCAGCCGUUGUCAUGGCCCAGAAGAUGUACAGUGUUCAGCAACAGCACAUCGACGGUCCAUCCGGGGUGUCUGCCGCUCGCACUGGUGCUACUACUGCUCACGGGCAACAACGAGUAGCCACCAGUGAGGGAGACCUCAAGUCACAAGCCAUGCAGUACAUUGGCAUUCAAGAAGCUGCACAGAAAUUGGCGCAGGAGCGACUAGCUAAGAUCGGAUACGACGAGAACGCCGCCUACCGAAGCUACUACGGCUACGAGAAGCAGAAUCGUUCCAAGCUUUCGAUGCGACGAGGAAGGCCUCGCGCUCGCAGCACGUCCGAAGCCCUCAAAGAUGACAGCGAUUCCGACGAGGAUGACUUUCGUUCGAGACGCAUUCGCCAUCAAAUGAAGGAGUUCAACCAGCAGCUUGCUGAUGUUGACGCGAAGAAGCGCGAGCAGGACCGUAAGGGCCUUAUUGCUGCUGCCGAACGUAAAGUCAAAGCUCAGAUGCUGGGACUUGACAAGGACAUCUUCGAUAAGACUGGCAAGAUGCCGACCUCUGUGGCGGAUGACUGGGAUGAAAAAGCGCGCCAACGGGCGCUUGCCAACUCUGAGGCUCGCAUGGAGAACCAUGGCAGAGUCAACAUUGGCAACGGCAAGUGGAUGGAUCAGGCUGAGAUCGAAGCUAUUGCUCAAGCAAGACUCCAACCGACACUUGAUGAGAUCUCUGAGAAGGCCGAGAAGCAAAGAGCUCUGGACGCUGAAAGGCAACUUGAGCUCGAGAACAAGAAACGUCAGGAGCAGGAAGAGAAGGCUCGCCAGGCGGAGAUCAAGGCUGAAGAAAAGAGAGGUAGAGACGAAGAGAAGAGGGCAGCAAAGGCCCGCAACGCUGAAGACAAGGCUGCUGCAAAGCAGGCCAAGGAGGCAGAGAAGACCAAGAAAGUCGAAGAGCAACGUCUGGCCAGAGAGGAGCAUCGAAAGUCCAAGGAAGCGGAACGAGUCGUGCCUGCAGCUGGACCUGCAUUAGGAACCAGUGUUGUAGCUACGCCUACAGGACCUAUCGCUGCGACCGCCACCGACGGGAACGCAGACUUGUACAAAGAUCCUACUGCUCCCACAAGGAUCACUACAGAAACGACUGUCCCUGCCAGAGACUCUACUGCCAUUGCUCCCACCCGGGACUCAGCCGCUACUGCACUACCUUCGACCGAUCCUGCUUCUCCCACCUCGCCCACCUCAUCUAAGGGCUUCAAGUCAAUCUUCAACAAGUUGAAGCGUCGAUCCAAGCACGACUCAGCUGUCACAGAGAGUGACGGUAAGACCGCGGAGAAGGAUACAGGCUUCGUCGGCGGCGCCACUCUUCGUGCAUCCCAGUCCAAUGCCCACUCGUCGACAACACCCUCCACUUCUCAUGCCGAGGUGAGCUCGGUCACCCACCCGACCGACCUGGGUGAUGUGGAGCCUACUGUCAUUGCCGGGCCUGCAGUUGUUCCCCACGUCAGGGAUGAUCGCCACUCUGGUAUCUCUUCUCUUAGCAGCGACGACGAAGAGCUGUCGCGGGGCCGACCCCGCCCACAGCGUCUCAUGAGCAAUGACACCAGAGCUUCAUCUGACUUUGAAGAGGCUAGGGACCACUUCGAUGAGGAUUUGGCUCCUCCUCCCACGUUCACAAGUGAAGUGGACAAGGGCCGUCACGGCAGCCCAGUUCGGGACUCAAAGUUCCACGAAGUCGGGAUCUGAUGGGGAGAGCAACAGUGGAGAUAAUGUCUGAUGAGCGAUCUAGAAGAUUGUAAUGGUUGGAUGAUGGAGGACACAAUUGCUUGCACUCGCCAAUUUGCUUUACCCUUGAUACCGUACACCUAUAGUUGGACUGACACGCGAAUUCCAUGGUUUCACUCAUUUGACAGGGC